UGAGAGGCGUCUUCUCAUCAUGGCGGACCCGAGAGAUAAGGCUCUUCAGGACUACCGUAAGAAGCUGCUAGAGCACAAGGAAAUCGAUGGACGCCUCAAAGAAUUAAGAGAACAGCUGAAAGAGCUUACCAAGCAAUAUGAAAAAUCUGAAAAUGAUCUGAAGGCCUUACAAAGUGUUGGGCAGAUUGUGGGUGAAGUACUUAAACAGUUAACAGAAGAAAAAUUCAUUGUUAAAGCAACAAAUGGACCAAGAUAUGUUGUGGGUUGUCGGCGUCAGCUUGACAAAAGUAAGCUGAAGCCAGGGACAAGAGUUGCUCUGGAUAUGACUACACUAACUAUUAUGAGAUACUUGCCAAGAGAAGUUGAUCCACUGGUUUACAAUAUGUCUCAUGAGGACCCUGGGAAUGUUUCUUAUUCUGAAAUUGGAGGGCUAUCUGAACAAAUCAGAGAAUUAAGAGAGGUAAUAGAAUUACCUCUUACAAACCCUGAGUUAUUUCAGCGUGUAGGAAUAAUACCUCCAAAAGGUUGUUUACUAUAUGGACCACCAGGAACAGGAAAAACACUCUUGGCAAGAGCUGUUGCUAGCCAACUGGAUUGCAAUUUUUUAAAGGUUGUAUCCAGUUCAAUUGUAGACAAGUACAUUGGUGAAAGUGCUCGUUUGAUCAGAGAAAUGUUUAAUUAUGCCAGGGAUCACCAACCAUGCAUCAUUUUCAUGGAUGAAAUCGAUGCUAUUGGUGGCCGUCGUUUUUCUGAGGGUACUUCAGCUGAUAGAGAAAUUCAGAGGACGCUAAUGGAGUUACUGAAUCAGAUGGAUGGAUUUGAUACUUUACACAGAGUCAAAAUGAUCAUGGCUACAAACAGGCCAGACACAUUGGAUCCUGCUUUGUUGCGUCCAGGAAGAUUAGAUAGAAAAAUACAUAUUGAUUUGCCAAAUGAACAAGCAAGAUUAGACAUUUUGAAGAUUCAUGCAGGUCCUAUCACAAAACAUGGUGAAAUAGAUUAUGAAGCAAUUGUGAAGCUCUCAGAUGGCUUUAAUGGAGCAGAUCUGAGAAAUGUUUGCACUGAAGCAGGUAUGUUUGCAAUUCGUGCUGAUCAUGAUUUUGUAGUACAGGAAGAUUUCAUGAAAGCAGUCAGAAAAGUGGCUGAUUCUAAGAAGCUGGAAUCUAAACUAGAUUAUAAACCUGUUUAAGUUAUACUUCAUGAAAGAUAUUAGCAUAAUAUAAAAAUAAAGUUGAGGAAAACAGUGUAUGUAUUGGAUAUGAGCUCAUUAAAAGCAUAUCACAUAUAAAGUAAUAAUUCAUUAGUUCUGUGUACAAUACUGCUACCAAAAGACUAUACAUUUGUCAGUGUUGCACUUAUUGCGGUAAAUUAAAUCAUAUGAAUUAGAUAACGUUUUUUAAAAUGGUUAAUGUUAAGCAAUUUAUAAAACAUUGAAAUUCAAACUUUAGGUCUCAGUUUUAAAAGAACAUUUCUUAAUGACAUUUUAUAUUAUUUCACUUGUUUUCUUCAUCCCAAAGAGUUGAAUAAAAUUUGUUUGAUUCAUUCCUCUUACAUAGUA